CGUUUAAGGAGAGGAGAUAAACGAAUGGGGGUGAGGGGACUAUAUGAAUUAUUAAAAAGGAGGCGCGGCCUUAUGAAGUGUCGGGUACGUUGACAGGCCUAGCAGUAGGGGUUGGAUUGUGAUGUGUGACGGCAGUGACGACAGUUCCGGGUUCUUAUGUGACCGCUGCAGCAGGCCGGGGCGCUGCUAAUGGGGAAGGUAGAGCCGUAAACCCGGCUCCAAAAAUAGGGAAUAUUGUGUGAAACAGGAAUAGCUUGGAGUCUCCAUUCCUUUCGAUCAGAGUGGGAGAGAACGCUCUGAUAUAUAGGGCCUGGAUACUAGAACAUGGAGGCAGCGACGGAGGUUUUUUUAUACGGACUGUUACCAAAAUAGGGGGAUUUAAUUUUAUACAUACAGACAGUGAAAUCUUUGAUAUUAGGAAGGAUUUUUUCUUUUUAAAAGGGUUUAAUUUCUUUAAAGUGGGGACUAUUUUUAAUAUAGGGAAUUUUUUGUCCCAAAGAAUAUUUUAGUAGCAUGAGGAAAUUUAUUCUAUGGGGUGACCAUCUAGUACAAACAGCUGCAGAGCGUAUUUGUUUUUUUUAAUACACCAUUUUUUAAAUCCUGUAUUCUGGAUCUUUAUUCUCUGAAGGGUGUCUUUUGUCCUGGACAGGUUUUUGUUUGUGAAAAUCUUUUUUAAAAGACAUUUUAUCGACCAGAGAGGUCGGUUUUUGCCAUCAGCGGGUACUAUAGGCACUGAGGGAGAUCAGCUUCUUCCUUUAAAAAAAAUUGGGUGGGGGGAGAAGGACAGCCUUUGUUUUUAUUGAGAGGAACUGAAAGAUUUGGACUCUACAGACAGCAAAUCUGAGCAGCGGCACCAGGAAUCCUGUUUUGGUGCAGGAGGCGUUGCCCUUUGCUAGCUCCUUCCCUUCUCUCUUGGCAUCGGUAGCAGCUUUUCCUCAUUCUUGCCCUUUUAGCCACUUUAACCGGUUCUUCUAGAAGCAGCAGCCUCAGCAGCUCAUCAAAGAGGGGUAAGGUGGUCGUUACUGCGGCUGCCGCCCCCCUCCUCCUCUCCUCCUGUUUCUGGUCUGCCUUCCUCGCGUCAUCAAAACAUGAGCCGCUUCUGGGGUUGACGCUCGCAAAAGCACCCGCCGGGGAAGGAAAGGCUUGAGCGGGCGGCCACACUAGCAACACCGCCGCCGCCGCCCCCUCUCUCCCGCUUCAGGGGUGCCAAGGGGGAAGCAUCCCCGGCUGACUCUCAACCCGAGUCUCAACCCGGACUUUAAACAAGCAACGGCAACAAACAGCCUCUUCCAGCAGAAGCCGAAGGAAGCCAGACUUUUCGGCAGCUGUUGCCCAGACCAGAACCAGCCACCUCCUGAAUAAAUCUAACCACCACCCUGAAGACUCUCGCCACCGUUAGCAACGCCCUUUCUCCCUACACCGAAGCAGAAGUAGCACAGUCGCCCCAUUGACAAGAAGCGGCAAGCUGCGGCGGCGUCUUCCCCGGCUCCUCCUUAAGCAGCCAGCCCGAGGGACUUCUGGUUGCCUGUCCCUGACUGAGGGAGAAGAGCACGGACUGGUGUAACUUUGCUCGCCAGUUCGCUCGGGCGGCGGACCCCAAUGUGGUACCCGCUGCUGCUGUUGCCGCCGCCGCCGUCGCCGCCUCUUCAACCACCGCCUCCGGCUGCUAGGUGGUGAGCCGGCGGCCGCCUUCCCUUCCUUCCUCACACCUGCUGGCUUUAAAGGCCACAGGGAGGAGAGGCUGCUUUCCCCUUCCUUCUUCCGUAUGGAGUCUCCCCCCAACAACAGCCACUUGCUGGGCAGCGCUGGGAAUCUCUUGCCCGGCGGGCUGGGUUCCGGCUUCAGCAGCCUGCAGAAUCCUGAGCUCGCCAGCCCUCAUCACGGCGGGGGCGGCUCUUCUGCUUCGGCAGCGACGACUUCGCCGCCGCCGCUGCCCGGCUUCGGCACUCCUUGGUCGGUGCAGACUUCGUCGCCGCCGCCUCAGCAGCAACCGCCACCGGGGCAGCAACAGCCGCCUCCGGCCACCAGCGCCGCCAUGGCCCCUCCACCUAGUCCAGAGUCGUCAGAGAGCAGCAGCAGCAGCUUCUACGCGGCGGGCGGCGGGAUGCCGUCGUCUCUCAACCCGGCUUUCUUCCAGAGCUUCUCGCCAGUGACAACUCAUGCCGCCUCCGUCGGGCCUUUCAACAGCCCCUUCUCGGCAGCGCCGCCGCCGCCUCAGAUUAAUUUACCUCAGCAGCAACAGCAGAACCGGCGAUCCCCUGUGAGCCCUCAGCUGCAGCAACACCACCAACACCAGGCGGCUGCGGCGGCCGCGGCGGCCGCUUUCCUACAACAGAGGAACUCCUAUAACCACCACCAGCCUCUUCUGAAGACGUCACCUUGGAGCAACCAUCAGAGUACUGGCUGGAGCACAGGAAAUAUGUCAUGGGGAAGUGUGCAUGGUAGAGACCAUCGCAGAACUGGAAACAUGGGAAUUCCCGGAACUAUGAACCAGAUCUCUCCCUUAAAGAAGCCAUUUUCUGGUAACGUCAUAGCACCGCCUAAAUUUACUCGUUCUACUCCAUCGCUAACUCCAAAAUCAUGGAUUGAAGAUAAUGUUUUCCGAACAGACAACAACAGUAACACGCUCUUACCCUUACAGGUAAGAAUGGAUCGAAACAGAAUGUAUGACAGUCUCAAUAUGCAUUCAUUGGAAAAUUCCCUCAUUGAUAUAAUGAGAGCUGAACAUGAUCCUCUUAAAGGUCGUUUGAACUACCCACAUCCAGGAACUGACAAUCUUCUCCUGUUAAAUGCAAGGAGUUAUGGGCGAAGACGAGGUCGUUCUUCUCUCUUCCCAAUAGAUGACGGCUUACUGGAUGAUGGUCAUAGUGAUCAAGUGGGUGUGCUGAAUUCACCUACAUGCUAUUCUGCUCAUCAGAAUGGAGAACGGAUAGAACGUUUCUCUCGGAAGGUGUUUGUUGGCGGUCUUCCACCAGAUAUUGAUGAAGAUGAAAUUACUGCUAGCUUCAGACGAUUUGGACCUCUGGUGGUUGACUGGCCUCACAAAGCAGAAAGUAAAUCCUACUUUCCACCUAAAGGUUAUGCAUUCCUUCUUUUCCAAGAGGAGACCUCUGUUCAAGCACUGAUUGAUGCCUGCAUUGAAGAAGAUGGAAAGCUUUAUUUGUGUGUUUCCAGCCCCACUAUCAAGGAUAAGCCAGUCCAGAUCCGUCCCUGGAACUUAAGUGAUAGCGACUUUGUGAUGGAUGGUUCACAGCCUCUUGAUCCUCGAAAAACAAUUUUUGUUGGUGGUGUCCCCAGGCCACUACGAGCUGUGGAAUUGGCCAUGAUAAUGGAUCGUCUCUACGGUGGAGUCUGUUACGCAGGAAUUGAUACAGAUCCUGAACUAAAAUAUCCGAAAGGUGCUGGACGAGUUGCUUUUUCCAAUCAGCAGAGCUACAUUGCUGCCAUCAGUGCUCGGUUUGUUCAGCUUCAACAUGGUGAUAUUGAUAAACGAGUGGAGGUAAAGCCAUAUGUGUUGGAUGACCAGAUGUGUGAUGAAUGCCAAGGCGCACGAUGUGGUGGAAAGUUUGCUCCUUUUUUUUGUGCCAAUGUCACUUGCCUGCAGUAUUACUGUGAGUUUUGCUGGGCGAAUAUCCACUCUCGGGCAGGACGUGAAUUCCAUAAGCCAUUGGUUAAAGAAGGGGCUGACCGCCCACGCCAGAUCCACUUCCGCUGGAACUGAGCCUGGAUUUCCAGCAUCUGUUUAAAGAACAAAGGGUGCAUGUGGCUUACUGUGUUUGAAGAUACUGACAUGCAGAAGAAAUAAGUGCAUUCUUCUGCUUCUCACCCCAACUCUCAAUACGUGCAUCUUUUUCAGCAGCCAAAACACUACAAAGCCUCUUGUUUUUCACCAAAACCCUACAUCUCAGGCUUACUAAUUUUUGUGAUAUUUUCAUGUUAAAAUAAAAAAAGUUUUUUUGUAUUUUCUCCAACUUAUUUUUAUAUGUAAAAUUAAAACUAGAUAUGAGAAUGUUUUUUGCAUAGGGGCACACUGUCUGCUGCUAUACUUAGUGGGUGAAGCGUGCACUUAUUUCUAAACAUGGGUUUUUAACUUCAAGAUCUGCCCCAGUAAUUUACCAAAGGUAGCAAAAAUAGUGAAGAUGGGAUAUGUCUGCUACAAAAAAAAGCUUAUUUUUAUUGUUGUUGCUAUUUUCAGUGUAUACAUCAAUUUUAAAAAAAUUAGGGUUGAUUUUUUGCUCUCCAUUUUGACUUGCGAGAAAUAAUACCUCAAGAUAAUCUGAUUUAUUAGCUAUUUUUAAACAUUUAUAAUCACAAGCUGUAUUAGCUUUGCUGCUAUAUAGGUGUUGUGUGUAAAGCCACCUAUUAAUACGGGAUUAAAACGUUUUAAGAUACACUGCAUUACCAAUUAAAAUGCAGGCAGCACAAUAUGGCAUAAACUGCCAUAGUUUUAGAAUGUGAAAAAUUGCAUGUUUACUUACCUGUAUACACCAUAUGCAUGCACUAGAUCUAACAAGAGACGAGUUAUUACAAUUUUUUUUAAAGGAUCUGAAAUCUAGAUUGCAUGAGGAAACUGCAAAAUUUGUAACAAAAGAGACUUGCAUGCAUUAUUGUGACUCAAGUUUUUUUCCCUAAAAAUGUCCUACAUGUGUACAAUAUGCAAAUUAGUUUUAGAUUAGAAAGUGCAGCCAUUUUGUGACUUGGUUGGUAGUGGAAUUCAAUUUUUGCAGACUGGAUGUAAUAUUGUAAUCCCUGUGCAACUUUGUGAUGUGUGGUUCUAAUUAGUGUGGAGUGAUGUAGCAUAGACAUGUUUGAGCAAAAUACUAGAAUUUUAAAAAUUAUUUAUUUCAGCCCUCUUAAUUUUUCAUGGUUAAAACUUCCUUUACAAACCAAAGAUGGCCAGCCCACUGCUAACCAGUCACCAAAUGGGAAACUACUGAGAAAUGAGCAUUAAAAUGUGUUCAUACAAGAAAACAUAAUGCUUUAGAAUUAAAAUAAAGUCAAAAUGGAGAUAGUGUAAUAUACAGACAGCUAGUUGCAUAAGCUAAAUCUUACCUUUAAGACAACAGUGAAAUCUGGCUUAAACUGUGUGUGCUUGUUUGACCUUAGGUAUAUUUAAGACUUCUGUCAAACUAGGGUCACAGUUGCAUGAAAUGUAGUUAGUUGACGGACAGUCAAGCAUAGUGUUUUAAUUUUGAUGAAGGAAUUCUAAGUAAUGACAUUGCUUGCAAGAAUUUUUUUUGGAGGGGGGCUUUUUCUUGAUACAAAAUGCAAGAAAUUCAUUAGCAGUGUUUCUGUCCACCACAAAACAUUUAAUGCAACUAGCCCUUAUGUUUCAGUGGAAGAAAGGCCUACUCUACAGUUUAAGCAAGCACCCAACAAAGGAAAAUGCAGAAUUGAAAAUCUUAUUCCAAGAGAAAUUUACAAGGGGUGUGCUCUUGGCAAUCCCUUGGGGACAAUCCUUCAUGUAAGCAAAGUGUUGCUCUGAUAUUGGUUGUCUGCAAUGUGCUUUUUUGUACUGUUCAAUGUGUGGUUCAUGUCUAACUCUGCUGUUUUGUUGUGGUUGUGGUUCAAGUUUUUAAAGUUUUAAAGUUGAUGCUGUUUUAAGAAGAGCUUUUUAACUGAUUUGUUUGUCAGUGUACCCUAUUUGUUACUUAACCAUGAUCCUCCAGAUUUUUUGGAGUAUUCUUUUCUAACCUUAAACCCUACCAGACCUUGAUCCAUUUUUGACAUUUGUUAUGCACUAUUUUUAUAUCUCUAUGAGAGAUUUUUUUUCCAACUAGUCAGCUAUUUUAAGGCACACUUUUUUUUGACUGAUGACAUCUCCUUUGCUAUACCUCAAUUUUUGGAAUUUAGAAAAGAAAAGAAAAAUCAGUAGUUUUGCAAUGUUAAUUAUUUAGAUAUAAUUUAAUUCAGCAGAUGUUUUUAACUUUAUUUUCAUAUUCCUUGCUUGAAGUUUAAAAUUAAAGAGUCUUUACAUGUUUUAAAUAAUGAAAAUGAAUAUGGAAAAUUGAAAUAAUUGGAGAUGUUGAAAAAUCCUUUGUUCCUCCCCCCAAAUAAAGCUAUAAGAAAACACAAUGAUAUCUUUUUUUCGGUAUCGGUAAACUAUUCUAAAUAUCAGGCUAUGCUUGUCCCUUCAGUUCUGAAGCUGUUGAGGCUAAUAACUCCGGUAACCUACAUCUCUUUUUCUUCCUUUUUAAAUCCAUGUUCUUAGGGCACAAUCCAGCUGGAAGGACUCCUACAUCAGCACUCUCUGAAAUUACUGGGCACAGUAGUUCUCUUACCUCCCAUUCAUUUCAGUGGAGGCUGAUAUGCUGUGCUCUUGCACACCUCCAGUUAUUUCAAUGGAAGAUAAUGUAAGAGACGUCCCUGCUGUAUUGUGCCCUUAAUUCUAUUAACUGUUCAACACUGUAUUGGUUUAUGUUUAUAUAAAUCAUAUUUAUUUUACUAUUUUUGUAGGAGAUUGUUAAUUUUACUGUAUUUUUGUAUUUUAAAGCUUUUUUGUUUCCCCAAAUGCACAUAUUGCUGCCCAAACAUAUGACUGUGGAGGGAAAAAAUACUUUAAAGUCCACACUUUUUGUUAAGAAGGAAACAUUUAGCAUUUAUAUAUUUGUGUAUGGAAAACACUUGAUAUUUUAUUCCCUGUUGCAUCUGGCUGCACAGAGCCUCUCCUCAAAGAUGCUACAAAACUUGAAUAUAACACAUUUUGGAAGGCUGACUAACCUCGAUUCUGUGUUGUGACGUGCAAUACUGUUUCUAAUGUUUGUAUAAAAAGAAUAACAGUGUAAACCUUUUUAAUGCAAAUUUUAUUUUUUUCAUUGCAUCUUUUGCAAAUUUUAUCCACAGUGUCAUUUUUUACUGUCAGAAAAAGAAAACCCCUUUUGUCAUUGCAAAUAUUUUUUAAAAUUCAGAAAUCUUUGUACUGAUGUAAAUGAUCGUAGUUAUUUUGGAUAGUGUUUUGCUAACAAAAGGAGAGACUUUUUUCAUGCAUAUUUCUAUUUUGUUGUCGUUUUGGGUUUUGUUUGUUUGUUUUAUUUCAAAUAGUAAAAAUACUUGGAAUAAUUUUUCAUAUUCUUGUCAUUAAUAUUAUUUUGUAUUUUUAUGUGGAAAUAUAUAAUUUUAUGACGCUAAUUGCUAAAAGUUUAUUUUAUGUUGAAUUAUUUUUGGAGGCUAAAUCUUUGUAAUAUUAAAGCAACUAGUUUCUAAAUUCCGAGUUUCUGUAAAAAAAAUCGCACAAGUGGUUUAUGGAGUGUUUGGAUUGUAAUUAUAAAUGGUUCUUUGAUAUGCAAAUUAAUAUUUUCAGUUAAUUUUAUUUUGUAUUCCUAAUGUGGUGUUAAAACAGUUUUUUUCUAAAUAAAAAGAAAACCCAUGCUUUUUAUGGACACAAAGGAACCAAUGCACCAAGCACUGUUGCUUAGCUACUUCCACUGAUUUCAGUGUAGCCCCAUAAAAGCCCCAGUGAAAUAAAUGGGGUCACCCAGCAGCAUUGUUGGUGGAUUGCUUCCCUAGUUAAUCGCCUUCAGCUUAAAAUCUUCUGUUAAAAUCUUUUAGUUCAUUUUACUGUUAUCUUCCAGGUGUCUAAAUCUCCAGUCUGUCUGUUGUACUGGUAAUUUAACUCUGUAAUGGAAUAGUUUGCUGCCAACUAUUUAUAUAAUAAGUAAUUUUUAAAUAUUUGUAAUAUUGUUGACUGACUAAUAAACUAUUAAGUUAUUGGCAUAUUUUUUCUC